AUGGACCUUACUCUUAAGCUUUCUCCUUGUGGUGAAAAUGUGGAAGAAAGGAGGUUGGUAAGGUCAUCAUCAUUGGUGAGUGGAGAGAUGGGAAGUAUCAGUGUUCCAAAUUGGUGUAGUUUUAGGUCAUCUAUAGAGAGAUCUUCAUCUCUUACAAUCGAUAGUGGGGAGAGAAUGGUUCUAGAGAGGCAGAGAAAGAUGGCAGCUUCAAAGCUUUAUGGUCCAAUACAUUCAUCUGAAGGAGUAAUUGCUUCUAGUUUCCAGAUAUCAACCAAACACAAAAACAAAUCAACGAUUUUCCCGAAAACAACAAUCAAUGAACUUCCACUUCUGCCUAAAUCUACCGAUACUAAGAUUAAGAAUCCAACAAAAAAGCUUAAUCUCCCUAACUACUGCAGUCUUAAGGGUGAUGUGAUGGAGAAAUUGCGACAAAUGCCGACCGUAACAACGACGGGAGACGGCCCAAAUGGUAAGACAAUAGAAGGGUUUCUGUACAAGUAUAGAUCUGGUGAAGUUUGUAUUGUAUGUGUCUGCCAUGGUAACUUCCUCACACCAGAAGAGUUUGUCAUUCAUGCUGGUGGAAAAGAAGCUGCUAAUCCAAUGAAGCAUAUCACUGUUCACCCUGUCUCAUUUUAG